CGAUUGGCCCAGGCACCCGUCCGUCAGAGCUUAUUCCUGAUACACUGAUGGGACGCUGACGGCGGUGGGCGGGCGCAGCUUAGAAAAUUAUAAGGUCAUUUGAAUUGCGCUUGCUAGCGAGUUUAUCGGCUACAAUGAACCCAGAAUUGAUAUCAGUGAUUGUUAAAAUGAACGGAUGAUGAUCGCGGGGUCAGAGUCAAAGAGCAAAGCCAGGCGAAUUUAACGCCCGACCCACCGGAGGAGAGGAGCAGCAGCUCGUUGUGGUAUUAACAACAGGAGGGGAUCCCGGUGCGUGUGUGUCAGUCUCUGUCAAGCCAAGCGAGCGGCGGCAAGGAGCGGAGGGGGCGACCAGGCUAGCCUAUAAGCCGAUCAAGGCGGAAUCGCACACAACGAGUUUCACGUCUAGGAUUUCUGCGCACCUACAUGCUGUGACGGUGUGAACGGGGUGCAAGGAUGAUGCGUCUAGCGUGUUGCACAGCCCUGCUGUUUGUGUUGAGGCUGCUGGUGGGCUUGCCUUGGUACCAGGUUCUCCCGGCCAUCCUGAUCUUCUACCUGGGAAGCGGAGGAUGGAGCUUCCUGCAGAUUUUUGCCAAAACAAUUGGCAGAGACUUACAUGCGGCAGGUGUGUUAUUGCGGGUGAAGAUGAAUGUCAGACGCCACCUCAGAGAGAAGAACACUAUUCCAAAGAUCUUUGCUGAAACAUUGCGCCGCCACGGGGACAAAACAGCACUGAUCUUUGAGGGGACUGGGGAGAGGUGGACCUUCCGACAGUUGGAUGAGUACUCCAACAGAGUGGCUAACCUCCUGCUGGAACGGGGUUUCAAGGAGGGCGAUGUUGUGGCCCUUUUCAUGGAGAACAGGUCCCAGUAUGUGGGCCUCUGGCUGGGCAUGGCCAAAAUUGGAGUAGAGGCCGCGCUAAUCAACUUCAAUUUGAGACUAGAGGCCUUGGUCCACUGUGUCACCAUCUCCAAUGCCAAGGCUGUGGUGUUUGGCUCAGAGCUGACUGAUGCGGUGUGUGAGAUCCACAGUUCAAUGGGGAAGGCAGUGCAGAUGUUUUGCUGUGGAGACUGGGACCCCCAACGAGUCCCAAAGGGAACCGAGUGCCUAGAGCCACUGCUGGAUGGUGCCCCGUCUCAUCUGCCAAGCCAGCCACAACGCUGCUUCACCGAUCGCCUGUUCUAUAUCUACACGUCGGGAACCACUGGGAUGCCUAAAGCUGCUAUUGUUGUGCACAGCAGGUACUACCGCAUGGCAGCCUUGGUAUAUUAUGGCUUUAGGAUGACAUCAGAUGAUGUGUUGUAUGAUUGCCUUCCACUCUACCACUCUGCAGGUAACAUUGUGGGAGUGGGCCAGUGUAUAAUACAUGGCAUGACUGUAGUCAUCAGAAAGAAGUUCUCUGCCUCGCGUUUCUGGGACGACUGUAUCAAAUACAACUGCACUAUUGUGCAGUACAUUGGUGAGAUCUGCCGAUACCUGCUGAACCAGCCAGUUCGGGACACGGAGCGACAGCAUCGGGUGCGCAUGGCAAUGGGCAACGGCCUGCGCCAGUCCAUAUGGGAGGAGUUCAUGAACCGCUUCAAUAUCCCACAGAUUGCAGAGUUCUACGGAGCCACAGAGUGCAACUGCAGCCUGGGCAACUUCGGUAACAAGGUUGGGGCGUGUGGCUUCAACAGUCAGAUUCUACCCUUCAUCUACCCCAUCAGACUAGUGAGGGUUGAUGAAGAGACCAUGGAGCUCAUUAGGGGUCCUGAUGGCGUCUGUAUUCCCUGUAAACCUGGUGAGCCUGGCCAGCUAGUUGGUAGGAUCAUUCAGAAUGACCCUCUUCGGAGGUUUGAUGGUUAUGUCAACCAAUCAGCAACCAGCAAGAAGAUUGCUCAAAAUGUCUUCAAGAAGGGAGACAGUGCCUAUCUCUCUGGUGAUGUGUUGAUCAUGGAUGAAUGCGGCCACAUGUACUUCAAGGACCGCACAGGAGACACUUUCCGCUGGAAAGGAGAGAACGUCUCAACGACCGAGGUGGAGGGAACUCUCAGCAGGCUGCUAGACAUGAAAGAUGUAGUUGUCUAUGGAGUGGAAGUACCAGGAGCAGAAGGAAAGGCUGGAAUGGCAGCCAUCGCUGAUCCAUCUCACUCCACUGACCUGGAGAAGUUUGUGAAGGACAUGGAGAAGGCUCUCCCUCCGUACGCGAGACCUGUUUUCCUCCGCUUCCUUCUGGAGGUCAACAAGACAGGAACAUUUAAGUUUCAGAAGACGGAGUUGCGUCGGGACGGCUUUGACCCCAGAGUGGUGUCAGACAGACUGUACUUCCUGGAUUCCAGCAGAGGGCGCUAUAUGCAGCUGGAUGAGGAGCUUUAUCGCUCCAUACUGUCAGGGAAACACAAAUUGUGAUGACCAGACUGACCACUACAUGUACACAUAGACAGACACACACACACACACACACAUACACACACAUAAAGGAUUUAGAAAAGAAGACAAUAUUGUGUGACCAGGAUAUGCUGGACCUUGUUCCCAUAUACACAAAUACAUAGAAAGUAAUAGCCAUACACACUCCAUGCGCCACACUCAAAUGCCAACACAUUUACACAUACAUACACGUACACAUUGUAUUCCCAAAGCCACUUUGCUCUUUAAAAUCCCUAAAAACAAACGUAUGCACGCCGCACGCACAAACACACACACACACACACACACACACACAGCACCAUUCCAUCCAUCCCUCCUGAAAUCUCCCGGCAACUCCUCUCGCUACCUCAGCAAACACAGAGAGAGGCACAAACCUAGUAACCAGGUCUAUUUGGUAACUUGAAACCACCCUUCAUAGCCACACAAUCCCUGCCCACACAGGCCUCAAACAAUGCACGCCUGUUAAUCCUGUUCCAUCAAAUCAGAUGUGUUGCUGGGGGACACAACUGGGAGGGAUGCGGAGUACAGGCUGCCUGGCAUCCAGAAUGCAAAAACUUGAAACUACAGAUAACCACAGACUUAAUGGAUGCUGAGGAGGAACAUGGAUUCAGUACAAAAAGUGUGUGGGACAACGGAGGGACCUACAAGGACCUAAACUGUCUCUCGGUUUGUUGUUUUGCGAAAGACUGGAGCCUCUACUGUCCACUUCACCUGCACAAUUAGCCAGCAGUGACAAACCUGUGUGACAACUACAGCUUUUCUCUAUCUGAGGUUAACUUUAUAAAAGUAUUCUCUGGUCUCCUUGUCUUCAUUUCCAUCUUUGCUCUACAGAGCUUGAGAUGAAAAUGAGGCAAGGACGCCAAGGUUGUUUGUUUGUUUUUUGUUUUUUAAAAGGGAACACCGUAAGGAUGUGAGGGAUUUUGGAAAGCCUUUCACAUGUAACCCACAGUUACAGAAGUUAUAUUAGACCAGUGGUUGAAGCUGAAAGAUCUACUAAAGUGCAAUAGGGCUCCAGCGUUUGCAGUGCAAUAAUCAGCCGCACCACAUGAGAGCUGAUUUAAAACAAAGCUUUGUAUUUAAAUAUGUCUGCAUCACACCAAAUAUAUUUAAUUUGCAGUGUUUAUUUACAUAUUUAAGAAAAUAUGUAAGUUUUAGUAAUUUAUGUUGUUGUAGAAGCGUUCUCUUUUGUUAUAGUGCAAAUGAAUCAGGUUGUUUUUUGCUUUAUGUGUCCAAAUCCAUUCAGUAACUCUUGGAGUCCUCAAAAAGGAAGCUGCAGUAUGCAUUUUAUAUCAGCUGCUGGAACACAAAGUAAAAUGAUCUGACUGAUUCAACCCUGGGCUAAAUACAUGGGGCUAUUUCCAUAAACAGGACUUGUUCACAUACUGAGCUGACAUGCAGUAUGUUUGUGUGGCUGUAUUGUGCAGGUUUUGCCCUAAAAAGUAGACUUUGCCUAUCGUAGGGAUGUGUGUAUAUUCUUCUUAAACAUAUGAACAGGACUUGACAGCAGAGAAAGAAGCACCAAAUCGCCCAAUCAGCGACGACUUGUUUUUUCAACAAUAUUCUGGUGCUAAAGAGGGAUGUUCUGCCAGAUUUAAGAGCGCCGAAAGAUCCAAAGAUUCAAAGACGGGGGUAGGUACAUUAUUACGGAGGGGGUGCGUUAGAAUUAUUACAGUAGAAGAAGAGAAAAUGUGCUUUGUCAUCGAUGUUUUGUCUGUUGUUUGCAGUAGCUGUCAUCAGAGGUUGUAGCAGCAUGAAUGAGCAUCAUCAACCACAAACAGAGCACUGUGCCUUACUGUGAGUUCACCUCCCAGAUUCACAGGCCCUGGCCCACACAUAGUGUCUCAUAUGGUUCCCUAUGUUGGACUUUUACCUUCACUUUUUUCAUUCAGCUUCUGUCUACUGUAAUUUUGUUUGUCUGUCUCCAAGUUCCCUGUCAUAGUAGCCUGGCAAAGCUGGCCGAAAUGUUGGGAGCUCAUAUUUUAUUCUGAAAAUCAUCUGCUAAGGAUCAGUCCAUUGACUGGCACCUUCAUCCUGCCCGGUGCAGGAAGAGUUUGCAUUGAUGUCUCAAUGGGCAAAAGUCCAAAUUUUGCAAGGCUGCUGUCAUAGCAUUUUUGAGGACUCUAUCCUCCUCACUUCCUUUCCUUUGAGUCUGUUCUGGUCUUUACUUAGUCCCAACUGUAACCUUAAUUUGUCUUCUAGCUUUGAUUUUUUGGGUUUGCCCAAGUUUCCAUUUGCUCAGCACCUUUUACUUUAAGCCUUUAUCAUCUUUCUGCCAAGCACCCCAAUCCUUUCCCUUAAUCCAUCUCUAACCUCUUCCCUCUUUCUCUCUUUUUCUGUCUUUGGCCCUCCAUCCCUUCGAGCCGGCACCUCUGUUUAAACCUCGCUGUGUCUGUCAGGUACCGAGCCUCACUCUCUGCCAUGUCUGCUUUAUCUUGCUGUGCUCAUGUUGAUUCAGACAAAGGGAUAAACAGUAGUUGCAUACAUUUCAGAUAUUUCCUAAUUGUAAUUCGUUUAGUGUUUGAUGGAGGGAUUUCUUAUCCACUUUUGAGAUUGUUCAUGAGGCCUGGUGACAUAAAGCUCCAACCAUACACUCAGAACAGUUUUAAUGUGUGUUAUGUGUAGUCUGCCAUUACCCUGUAAUGUUUUUGUCUUACCUUUUACAACUGACCACAUCCUGAGUCACCUACAGCCAGGCUGGCCGCUGCCAACAGAGGUUGUGUAACGAGUCAUUUGAAGACUGGCUGUGGUGUAGAGGACUUAUUAUUCUUCAUGAGUUUUACUGUAGCAAUUCUUAGGCUACUUUGUUUUCUGCAGACUGAGAAGGUACUCUCAAUACCUUUAAACAGCUUUUCUUAGUUCAUUGAUGGCUGCAGUCUGCUGACAGUGAUCGUCAAAGUUGCUCUCACCUAUCAUUUCCCUGUUUGGGGAAAAAGACCAACAAAGCCAUUUGACAGAAAUUGAGAUUCAUCCCUGCUUCCUGUGUGUAGUUCAAAGAGUCUCUUUCUCACUUGUAUUUAUUCUUUAAUGAUGAGUGUGAAAUGUUCUCAUGAAUGUCUGAAAAAGCAAAUGAGUGACCAAUGAAGAUGAUGUUGUAAAGUGUGAUAUACGUAUCUAAGGGAACGCAGUUUGGCUGUUAUGAUGCUUGUGACUGAGGGUUGCACUUGUCAGCCCUGAUUGCAGUCCUACAGCAGAGCACUCUAAGAUGUUUCCAUUUUCACUUUUUUAUUUUUUAAAUGAGUUAAAAUUAUUAUUUUUCAAGGAACUGUUAAUUAUACUUGAUACUGAUUGUUUCACUGCUAUAUGUGUUUGCUUUUGUUUUCUUUGUCUGAAGUCAUAGCUUUAUGAUUUUGGUAUAAAAAUUGGAUUCAUGCAUAAGACAAUCGAAUGGCAGUUGUUUUUGUGUACCUUUUUUACAAAAGGCACUAGGAACCAGCUAGGGAGCAAGCUUUUCUGGAUUACAGUGGUUGCAGAUGUUGACCAGGAGCCAAUUUGCCAUUUUCCAGCUAAUAAAUAUUGUUGGCAAACCAGAUAAGUCAGGUGUAAAACCUAAAACAGCUGAAGGCCUGCAGGGAGUGACAGGUCCUAGGGACAGGGUGUGUUGAGGUUUUGAGACACCUUUUUUGACCAGAGGGGGGCGCUGUGUCCUUGCCAACGGUUUUUUUCUCAGGAAAGGGAGAGUCAAACAGAGACACACAAGUUUCCAUGGCAUUAUUUUAUCAUGCAGUCUUUGGAUGACUAAUAAAAUAACCUAAUGACUACAACUUAAACAACUGUAGUUAGAAAUGUGCUGGUGAAAAUGAAACCUUAUGUGAUACAUUUCAAAGUGUGGGAUGUUUUCCUCCAUUUGUAAACCAGAUUUAAAACUGGUUUAAAUAUUUCAGUUGGCCUGUGGAUAUUAUCAGUUAAAAUCACUUGACCCUGUUUCUUUUUUCAUCUAAGAGACAAAUUAGCAGGUCUUCUGCAUAUUUUUACAUUAUUAUUUGGACUAAAAAUGUAGUCAGUCCCUGUCUUCCUAGCUCAUACUGAAAUCAGUCAAGAUAAUCUGAGUCUCUGACUGUAAAGCCCUGCGAAAAAUGACUAGUUGCCUCUAAGAUCAUAGUUAAGUUGUGAUUAUGUGGCGAUUAUUACACACCAGGCAGGCCAUACUGUAGAUCAGAAAUCCUGGCUGAAGAGUUGUGUUGUAUAAAAUUUCUGUGUCUCUGCUCGUGCUGUCCCUCACGCUUCUGAUCAACAUUUCUCACUCUGCUUUUUGCAUUUUUUGUUUGUCUGUUUUUCCCUAUCAUGGUCCUCAGGAACAUCAAUCAGUGCUAGAGAAGGAAACAAGUUUGUACUCGUCUGCCUGUGUGUGUGUGUGUGUGUGUGUGUGUGUGUGUGGGGAAAGUUGUUUUUUUUUUUUUUAACAUUUUAUUUUCUUGUCUCAUUGCACAUGCGGCAACUCUCAGCAUGUGCAGAGUGUGUAGUGGAGGUCUGUGAGGUGUGCUGUGUGUGUAACACACACACACUGAUGUCCUCUUGUCCACUGAAGGCUGUAUACAUCAUGCAUUUCAAGAAAAAGAUAAAAAGCAGUGCUGCAAAUGGAAAAUCAUUAUUAAUAAAAACUAUUUAAAUUGUA